GGCCCAUAACACAGAAAGUGUCACUUGGUGAACAUUAGAGUGGAGCAUCGCUUCAACAACAAACAAAAGAUUUGGACAUCGUAGCCUCGUGCAUUGGACUAGCCUUUGUAUCAAUCUUAUCUUUUGGAAACAAACAAUGUCUUGAAGUCAAGGAUCCUCAUUAUCACAAUGUAGCUUUACUACUUGUUAUUCUUAUUGCUUCACCCUUCAUAAUACCCAUUCCAGACGAGAAGGAAACCUAGAACCUAUUCCCUCACAAGAAAUGACUUCUUUGAAGCAUGAUCAUCUUCUUCAUCAUCACCCCCUCCUCCUUGAUUCCUCCAUCUCUCCAAAAAGCUAUGGAAGAUUGGAACUCCCUUGCCUCAGACUGCAUAGUUAUAUCAUGUUGUUGCCAAUGCUUAAUUGUAGAAAUCUUAAUAUUCAUCCUGCUCAAACUUCCUUACAACAUGGUCCAGAAGACUAAAAGAUACGCUAAGAAGAAGCUUGGACGAAGGAAGGGAGGGAAGGCGGUGAUAGAAAGGCCAAUGGAUACGUACAAAGGCGAGUACUUUUUCGAAUUUGAUGAAGAAGGAUUGGCGAGGGAUGCAUGCCGUGGAUAUGGUUGUUGUAUGGAGGAAGUUGAGAAGGUUAUGGAGGAGUUGUUUCGAGAGGGCAAAUUCGCAUUUGGGAGCUUUUGGGGAAAAGAAGAAUCAGGUGGCUUACCAGUCAGUGUUUCUAGACAGGAAUCUGAUUCCAAUGUUGUACAAUGUGGCUUUGUUGAAAUGGCUGGCUAUAAAUAACUAAGAAAAAGCACAGCCGGUCCACAAAAAGUUGCUCAUCUUCUCAUGCAGUGUGCUAUUAAUUUUAUACUUCAAUUCCAUCCAUUUGAGUUGGUUUUUCCCUCGCACAAUAAAUCAAAGGUUUAAAUUAGAGCUGAUAGCGUCCUUUGCACUUCGUUUAUUCUAUGAA